AACCAACUUAUUAGUCUCAGAACCCAUUUGCGCCACUUACAAAAAACCCAUUUGCGUAGGAGAGCAGCUUCUGAACGAGUGAUCAACAUCCCUGAUCCAUGGCAGAUUUCAAUGUAGAUUUCCAAAACCCUAAACCUUCGAAUAACAUCUCUCUCAUGAACUCAAACAUGGAACUGCUGAACAACUUGGGCCCAUUUGAGAAUCUCCACUCAAAUGUUCAAGGAUACGCGGGCUUGUUGGAUCCUAUGACCAGUAAUUUCAUGGGUGAUAAUAUUCCAAACUCUUUCCACUCCGAUGGGGCGUUUUACGAGCCGGUCGACAAUUUCAUGCCAUCAACCGAAGGUCCGAGCCGCCAAGGCAAGAGCGCGAAAGAGUUGUCUCAAACGGAUGCUCUCGGGAUCUCCUCUCGCCAAGUUUGUGGAACAUCUGAUCAGGGCAAGAAAAACUACAGAUAUGGAGGAAAAAAGAGGAAGAGAAGCAAUGAAAGAGAAGUGAAGACCCCUAGAGAAGUUGUUCAUGUGAGAGCAAAGAGAGGCCAAGCUACUGAUAGUCACAGUCUGGCAGAAAGGCAAAGGAGAGAGAAAAUAAACGAAAAAUUGAGGAGCUUGCAAGACCUGGUUCCAGGAUGUUACAAGACAAUGGGAAUGGCGGUAAUGUUGGAUGUGAUUACCAAUUAUGUUAGAUCUUUGCAAAACCAAAUUGAGUUUCUGUCAAUGAAGCUUUCAGCAGCAAGUUUGUUCUACGACUUCAACUCUGAGAUGGAUGCUCUGGAAACAAUGCAGGGGACAAAUGGGUACGAGGCACAAGUGAUGGAGCGGGUGGUAGGAGGAGAUCAUCAUCAUCAUCAUCAAGGGUAUGGAGGUGGAGGUGCUGGAGAAGAAGGAGGAGCCUUCUCUAAUUACUUUCCUGCUUCAGCAUGGCCUUCUUUGACCUAAAGUUUUUUGCUAAUUCUAUACUACAUCACUUUCUAUAUAUACCCAUACAUUUAUACAUAUUCCCAAUAUAUCCUAUAGAUUGAAGUACGCGGAUAUACAUAUCCGAAAACAAAGACCGAAAACUAUUUACUUUCGAUAUAUAAGAAAAAAAAGGAAGAAGUAUGCGGAGAUAAUGUAUAAUUCCCCAAUCAAACAUCUCAUACAAAUAACAUCUACUAUUAAAUGUACUUAUUUACAAUCACUAUUUAUUCUCUUGGGGUUUUAUGUAGUUGCAUAUGUGUUUUCAUUGUGAACUAUCUUC